AUGGUACAAAAGCCCAUUUUCUUUGAACAAGUUAAGUCAUGCAUCCUCAGCUUUCAUAAUGCUAAUGACAAAAGUGUCACAGACGAAACGCAAUUUUUACAAAGCUUAUGUGAGGCUGUAGAAUCUGUCUUACGCAUGGGACUAAAGUGUAGUCAUCGCUUAAUAAAGCGAAAGGAUUAUUGGAACUGGAUGAAAAAUAUUCCACGCAUUUGCGAGAAAUGGGAAAUAUUUGUCCACCCAAGUUACUUGGAGGCAGUUAAUCACGUUCACAAGUGCCGUAGUGUCACCACUGCUCAAGGACGUGGGCGUCUCCUUAUUCGUAUGUUAUUGAGUUCCGGAACUUUGGAUUUCCCAUUUAAGUUACUGCUGAAUAAUAUGCACUUAUCAGCUACAUUCUAUGAGGAGUCCGAGUCAGUUAUGGGGAACGAUAUUCUUAUUCAAAUAUUUUCUUCUCUUGUCAGUGAGGUUUGUCGGAUUCCUUUUAAUUUGAAUGUGGAUAAUACGGAAUUCCUUGAUGAAACAUGGUGUCUUCCAACAUUUAAGACGUUUACAUUCGUUCCAUGCAAAAUGCUUGGUGCUCGUGUCGAAACGGUAGAUGGCCAUUAUUUAGUUACAGAAGUAGAUCCCACUGGAGUUGUUGCAGAAGAGCAUCAGAUAACUGUUGGCGAUAUUCUGUCUACCAUGUAUGGUUGUAUAUUACACAAUUCUGGACUCUUUUUAAAUAAUCUUCGGUCACUUUAUGAUGGCCAACCCAUUCCAGUUGGUGUUACGAAAGCUCUAAUGCCUGACGGGCGUAUAUAUCCCCGUUUGAGAUCUCUUUUAGAGCAAUAUGGUUAUGUCAAUUUGAUUGCAGAUCUUGAAAGAUCAGGACAAGUUCAUAUUAUUGACAAUCCGAAGUUUCUCAACCAGGAACCUUGGUAUAAUUUUCUAUAUAUUGGACAAUGUGAAGUGGGUUCAAGUGGUGGAGUUAAUUUGAUAAAUCAAUCUAUUGUUUCUGUUCUAAGUAAUUUAAAAAAUUCAGAUGAGCAAUGUCCUGUGCACAUUGAAUUGGGUGAAUUGGGAGUGAUUGUAUGGCAGUUACAGCGGAAAGAUAAUAAAGUUUGUCGUAGUGAAGAACCUCUACUACGUCAUUCCUAUCCACAAAUAUCUUCAUGCGGUCGAAGAACCGAUGGAACCAAUUAUUUCGCAUAUAUAGCCGGUGAGGAAUCGUGCACUACAGCUAGUCAUUUUACGUGUUAUGUAUUUGAAUCAACGAAUAAAGAAGAAGCUAGAAGAAUUAUAUCCGGUUUAUCAAUGGGCUUUGAUAGAACACAUUGGACUUUAUAA